CGGCUUAUCGCUCCUGUGAUGAUGCCCUGCUGACUCAAAUCUCGUACAAGAACAAUCGAAGAGUCGCUUACCUCUGCAGUGGCCCCGUACGAGCCAUGUAUGACACUGAAGUGGCUCUUGGUUGAUGGGAGAGGAUAUGUUCUUCCGCAUGACGUACGUAUUUGCGUCGUUCAGUUGUCCACAUGUGACUUAUAAAUGGCAAUUCGAGAGCUGCGCGAAGCCUCGACUCCCUGCUUCCUUUGCUGUUUGCGACCGACAACCGACGCCACAAACUACGAUCGACUACGAAGCAUCAUGUCCGUACCGAGUGACGACAUCACAAAGAUCGGCGUGAUCCUUGACUCGACGCCCCGUGUACAGAUCUUCCUCCGCCCAAUCGCCGCACCCGCCGCUCUUGGCCUCGCAGGGUUCGCCGGCUCGACCUGGAUCACCGCCUCCUACAUCGCGGCAUGGUGGGGCGGCCCCUCCUCGCCGACCAUCUUCUUCCCCUUCGUAACGCUCUUCGGCGGGCUCGCGCAGUUCCUCGCGGGCCUGCAGGGCUUCCCCGCGCGCGAUGUGCUCGUGACGGUCGUGCACACGAUGUGGGGGUGCUUCUGGAUGAGCGCGGGAUUGGUGUGGCUGCUGACGGCAUGCGACGUGCUGCCGGCGCGCACGCUGGCGGACCACUCAUCGGAGAUGGCGUCGUGGAUGGUCGUGUUGAUGACGUUUACGUGGAUUUGCGCGGUGGGCGCCUUCGCGCGCGAUAUGAUCCUCUUCGGUAUCCUCCUCUCGCUCGCGAUCGGGUGCACGCUUGCCACAGGCGGAUGGUACGCCUUUGGCUCAGGCGCGUACGCGACCGUCAAGGCUGCGGCGUACUUCUGGAUGAUCAGCGCGCUGCUCGCGACGUGGCGCUGCGCGGUCUACAUCUGGGAGGAGAACUGGGGCAAGUCCCCGAUGUACCCUGUCUUCCGUACUGUACGAGAAGAAGCCGCGCCGUAUAUGAUGCCUGGUUUAGGAGAGCCAGGCGUGAAGCGUGGAGUGCCGAAGCCGCUCGACAGGCGGGACCUCAUCCACAAGGGGUUCACAAAUGGGGAGGCCAUGGCAGCUUGAAGGCACGAUGUCCUAGCGAUGGAUGGGUGCCGGCUUCCGACACGACAGCACGCGUGUCUACGCAUUGGGUUGAGUAGCAUCGCGAAGAUCAUGAGUGUGGCCUACCCUCCGAAGGGCAUGAUCUUGUUGGCAGGGUUUGCGAGGGGAGAUCUUCGCCGCGAUGCCACGCAAUAUAUCGUUUGGCAACGAGGGUUCAAGCUUCAAGUUUAUGUCUGUAGUACUGUAGUACUUCAAACCGGACCAGCGCCAUCAGUGGGAUGGUACACGUUCGUGGCAAUCACCAGUCAGCGUGGUUCUCGAGUGUUGCCUGUUAACCUGUCGUUGUAC